GAGAUCCAGUGGAUGAUCCCACUGGCCAGGACCACAAAGGAGACCUUGCCCGUCCCCGGCAGGUGAUCCAGGGGCCGAACUGUGGCCCAGGAGCUGAUCCGUCCCGGGAGGCGGCUCGGGGCCAGACCUGCUGCCCGUGGAAGGCCGGGGGGUGGCGGUUGCCGCCUUCCCGGGAGGUGGCUCUGCUGCGCCGGGAGGCGACCGGGGAGGCGAUGGCGGCGGGCGGGGUAGACCUGCUGCCCGCGGGUGCCGGCCGCGGCUGCCCCUUCGCCGAGAAGAUCCGGCUGGCGGCGGCGCGCGGCGCGGCCGGCGCCGUCAUCUACAACUACCGCGGCACCGGCAACGACGUGCUGCCCAUGUCGCACGCCGGUGCAGGAAGCAUCGUUGCAAUUAUGAUCGGCAACCUGAAAGGCACAGAGAUUUUACGCCGGAUUGAGAGUGGCAUGAAAGUGACUAUGGUUAUUGAAGUGGGGAAAAAGCACGGCCCUCUGAUGAAUCACUACUCAAUAUUCUUUGUCUCAGUGUCAUUUUUCAUUGUCACAGCAGCAACUGUGGGCUAUUUCAUUUUUUAUUCUGCCCGGAGAUUCAGGAUCACAAGGGCCCAGUCCAGGAAGCAGCGGCGAUUAAAAGCUGAGGCAAAGAAGGCUAUCGGACAGUUGCAGUUGCGCACCCUGAAGCAAGGGGACAAGGUAUAA